AUUUAUUACUCCUCUUUCCAAGCUUCCUUUUUUUGUAAAUUUUUAUUUAUUUUGUGAUUUAAAAAAAUAUAUAUUUUCGUGUUUUUCAGAAUCGUAAAAUUGCCAAAGCUUAUUUUCAAUAUCUUCUGCUGAUUAAAGCAGUGAGUUUAUAAUAUGGAGAGGCGUAACAGCACAAACCAGGAGUCUAGUGAGCCCUUUGUGGCGAAUGACAGUUCUUUAAGAAACAAUAGGGUUAUCCCUCAGCUACUUACCUCUGUCCCAGCUCUCAAUGAUGCUGCUUCCUAUCUUUCCGAGACAACAUCUUUUUUUACUCGCUGUUUCAUGGAUUAUUCUGAACCUGCCUCCACAGGCUUCGGAAGCCAGGAAAUGGUUACAUUUGGUUCUGCUGAAACUAGAGGAUCAUCUGCCUCCAAUGCUGCUUCUUCAAGUGGAGGUGAUUUAGCUGUUUGUAGACCAUCUCAACCAUCUGUUGAUGCUCCACUUCUCCAUGAAGGAUUAAGCAGGACCUUAUCCAGAAAAUCUUCUAAUAGCAGUAGUGCAGCCACGAAUUCGGAUGACCUAUCUGAGGGUUCUAGUGCACAGAUUCUAUCAACGAAUAUCAGCCCAAAUGGCAUUUCCAUUUUCCAAGGCCUUAUAGAGAGGGUGAGAAGGACAGUUCGUGGGUCAGCUGAUGAUAUCGGAUGGCUACAACGUGCUUCCCAUAUGCCUCCUGUUGAAGAUCAAACUGAUAGAUUUGUCGAGAUCAUUGAUGAUAUUAGGCAUGGACUACAUGGAUUACCAAAUUCAAUGGUUUACUUGUUAGUUCCAGGUCUCUUUAGCAAUCAUGGACCACUUUACUUUGUCAAUACAAAAACAAGCUUUUCAAAAAUGGGACUUGCUUGUCACAUAGCCAAAAUUCAUAGUGAGGCCUCUGUGGAGAAGAACUCAAGAGAGAUUAAAGAUUACAUUGAAGAAAUUUAUUGGGGCUCCAGGAAACGUGUCUUGCUUCUUGGACACAGUAAAGGUGGAGUAGAUGCAGCAGCUGCUCUGUCCAUGUAUUGGACUGAUCUGAAAGACAAGGUAGCAGGGCUGGUUUUAGCACAGAGCCCAUAUGGUGGAAGUCCAAUUGCUUCAGACAUUCUGCGAGAAGGACAGCUUGGUGAUUAUGUAAACAUUCGCAAGCUUAUGGAGACCCUCAUCUGUAAAGUAAUCAAGGGAGACAUGCAAGCUUUGGAAGAUUUGACUUAUGAGAGGAGGAAGGAAUUCUUGAGCAAAUAUCAUUUGCCAAGGGAGCUUCCCGUUGUUUCCUUCCGGACAGAGGCCAGCAUUUCUCCUGCAGUUUUGGCCACAUUAUCCCGGGUGGCACAUGCUGAAUUGCCCACAUUUUCUGCUUCCCAACCUGCUGCUACAUUCCCUGUGGUGAUGCCUCUUGGUGCUGUGAUGGCUGCAUGUGCCCAGCUUCUUCAGAUCAGGUAUGGCGAGAAGAGCGAUGGGCUUGUCACUUGUCGUGAUGCAGAAGUCCCUGGCUCGGUGGUAGUUAGGCCAAAACGGAAACUGGAUCAUGCUUGGAUGGUAUAUUCUGAAUUAAAUGAUAACCCGUCUGAAGCUGAUGCAUCUCAAGUUUGUGAAGCUCUUCUAACAUUACUAGUAGAGAUGGGACAGAGGAAAAGACAUGAACUAUCAAACAAAGAUGAAUGAGUGGCAUAUACAAAGAGAGCAUCCUCCGGCCUCUGGAUAUUGAUGCUUAACUACCUGUUUUCACGAGGCGUUUCAUCUCUUUUUUUUUUUUUUUUUUUUAAAUUGGGGGGAGCGGAAGGGGAAAGGGGGAGGGGAUUACAAUGUGGGGAAUCGAACCCUCACCAAUAAGGUGGGAGUUCAGGUAACUAACCAACUAAGCUACUAAUAUUCCUCGUGCUUCAUCUCUUCAUGUCAUGGUAUGAUAUGUUUCACUUGUUUCCGUUAUAAACUUCCGGUGAAUAGAAUAUAGAAGAAUGUCACAUGCGUAUCGACCCCCGCCCGUCUCCCCCUUUUCUAUUUAUUAGAAAAAAAGGGAAAAGAAGUGUGGCUGGACAAAAAAAGAAGUGAAGAAUGGAGCAAAUAAUUGCCACAUUGUGAUGUGCAUAAAACUCUGUAAUUGUUUUUAUUCUGAUGUGCAGAUUUGGUUCAUCUCUC